CCCCGGCCGGGGCCCAUGCGGCGGGUGCUCCUGCUGUGAGAAGCCCCGCCCGGCCGGGCUCCGCGCCUUCCCUUUCCUCCCUUCCUCCAAGCUUCUCGGUUCCCUCCCCUGAGGUACCGGCGCCAUGUCCAGCGCCCGGACCCCCCUACCCACGCUGAACGAGAGGGACACGGAGCAGCCCACCUUGGGACACCUUGAUUCCAAGCCCAGCAGUAAGUCCAACAUGCUGCGGGGCCGCAACUCAGCCACUUCUGCUGACGAGCAGCCCCAUAUUGGCAACUACCGGCUCCUUAAGACCAUUGGCAAGGGUAACUUUGCCAAGGUGAAGUUGGCCCGGCACAUCCUGACUGGGAAAGAGGUAGCUGUGAAGAUUAUUGACAAGACUCAACUGAACUCCUCCAGCCUUCAGAAACUCUUCCGUGAAGUGAGAAUUAUGAAGGUUUUGAAUCAUCCCAACAUAGUUAAGUUAUUUGAAGUCAUCGAGACUGAGAAGACACUCUACCUUGUCAUGGAGUAUGCCAGUGGAGGAGAGGUAUUUGAUUACCUAGUAGCUCAUGGCCGGAUGAAAGAAAAAGAGGCUCGAGCCAAAUUCCGUCAGAUAGUGUCUGCUGUACAGUACUGUCACCAGAAGUUUAUCGUUCAUAGAGACCUAAAGGCAGAAAACCUUCUCUUGGAUGCUGAUAUGAACAUCAAGAUUGCAGACUUUGGCUUUAGCAAUGAGUUCACUUUUGGGAACAAGCUGGAUACCUUCUGUGGUAGUCCCCCUUAUGCUGCCCCAGAACUCUUCCAGGGCAAAAAGUAUGAUGGCCCCGAGGUAGAUGUGUGGAGCCUGGGAGUCAUCCUCUAUACACUGGUCAGCGGAUCCCUGCCUUUUGAUGGACAGAACCUCAAGGAGCUACGGGAGCGAGUUCUAAGGGGAAAAUAUCGGAUCCCAUUCUACAUGUCCACGGACUGUGAAAACCUGCUUAAGAAAUUUCUCAUUCUUAAUCCCAGCAAGAGAGGCACUUUAGAGCAAAUCAUGAAAGAUCGGUGGAUGAAUGUGGGGCAUGAAGAUGAUGAACUGAAGCCUUAUGUGGAGCCACUUCCUGACUACAAAGAUCCUCGGCGGACAGAGUUAAUGGUGUCUAUGGGUUACACACGGGAAGAGAUCCAGGACUCCCUGGUGGGCCAGAGGUACAACGAGGUGAUGGCCACCUAUCUGCUCCUGGGCUACAAGAGCUCCGAGCUGGAAGGUGACACUGUCACCUUAAAGCCCCGACCUUCAGCCGAUCUGACCAACAGCAGUGCCCCAUCCCCGUCCCACAAGGUACAGCGCAGCGUCUCUGCCAACCCCAAGCAGCGGCGCUUCAGCGACCAGGCUGGCCCUGCCAUUCCCACCUCUAAUUCCUACUCUAAGAAGACUCAGAGUAACAACGCAGAAAAUAAGCGGCCUGAGGAGGACCGGGAGUCAGGGCGGAAGGCCAGCAGCACUGCCAAAGUGCCUGCCAGCCCUCUGCCAGGCCUGGAGAGGAAAAAGACCACUCCCACCCCCUCCACGAACAGCGUCCUCUCCACCAGCACAAACCGAAGCAGGAAUUCUCCACUCUUGGAGAGAGCCAGCCUCGGCCAGGCCUCCAUCCAGAAUGGAAAAGACAGCCUAACCAUGCCAGGGUCCCGGGCCUCCACGGCUUCUGCUUCUGCCGCAGUUUCUGCGGCCCGGCCCCGCCAGCACCAGAAAUCCAUGUCGGCCUCCGUGCACCCCAACAAGGCCUCUGGGCUGCCCCCCACGGAGAGUAACUGUGAGGUGCCGCGGCCCAGCACAGCCCCCCAGCGUGUCCCUGUCGCCUCCCCCUCCGCCCACAACAUCAGCAGCAGUGGUGGAGCCCCAGAUCGAACUAAUUUUCCCCGGGGUGUGUCCAGUCGAAGCACCUUCCACGCUGGGCAGCUCCGACAGGUGCGGGACCAACAGAAUUUGCCCUACGGCGUGACCCCAGCCUCUCCCUCUGGCCAUAGCCAGGGCCGGCGGGGGGCCUCCGGGAGCAUCUUCAGCAAGUUCACCUCCAAAUUUGUCCGCAGAAAUCUGUCUUUCAGGUUUGCCAGAAGGAACCUGAAUGAACCUGAAAGCAAAGACCGAGUGGAGACGCUCAGACCUCACGUGGUAGGCAGUGGAGGCAAUGACAAAGAAAAGGAAGAGUUCCGGGAGGCCAAGCCCCGCUCGCUCCGUUUCACGUGGAGCAUGAAGACCACAAGCUCCAUGGAGCCCAACGAGAUGAUGCGGGAGAUCCGCAAGGUGCUGGACGCAAACAGCUGCCAGAGCGAGCUGCACGAGAAGUACAUGCUGCUGUGCAUGCACGGCACGCCGGGCCACGAGAACUUCGUGCAGUGGGAGAUGGAGGUGUGCAAACUGCCGCGGCUCUCCCUCAAUGGUGUUCGGUUUAAGCGGAUAUCAGGCACCUCCAUGGCCUUCAAAAACAUUGCCUCCAAAAUAGCCAACGAGCUGAAGCUUUAACAGGCUGCCAGGAGGGGGGCAGCAGAGACCCGCCUGCGCCAGCAGACCUGGCUGCUGGGGCCGAGCCUGCACUCCACCGGGGUGAGACUGCAGGAUGGGUGGAUGUCUCCCCUGCUGGCGCUUGUCCCCUCCCAGGCCCGUCUCCGGUUUGUUUGGUUUUUUUCUUCCAUGUUUGUGAGGGUUGGGAGAGGGCACUCCCCUCCUCACACAGUGACCCCUGCCCCCAUCCCCCCUUCACCUCUCUCCCUUCAGGAGGCAAAGGAAGGGGAGGGGCAGUGGGGGCAGGGCUCCCCCCAGGUACUGCGGUUGCACAGAGUAUUUCGCCUAAACCAAGAAAUUUUUUAUUACCAAAAAGAAAAAAGAAAAAAAAAAUCCCAGCGGCCACCUUUCCUCCCUGCCCCAUUGGGACAGUCGAGACUGGAUCUGUGGGGUUUCCCGGGAGGGUGGUUCAGGGCUGGAACACUCUCAGGCAAGAGUGGUGGAGUUCCCUGGCAGGCCCUCCGCCAGGCCCACUUUGGGCUUCUCCCCUCUCCUCCCCUCCUUCCCCUCCUAUCAACCCACCAGAGGUGGCCUUCCCCUGCCCUCAGGCCCCUGGGCCGCAGGCCUGGGCGCUGGGGCUGGCGAGGGUGGGGCGCGGUGGGGGCCCUGGCCUCCCCACACUGUAUCCUCCGCCCCACCUUUCCCAGAGCCCGGCAUUUCCUUCCACGAGCUGCUGUGGGGACGUUUGCUCCCCUCCUCAAGUCUGUGCCAUCUUCUCCCACCCACCCCUCCGUAGAAGGUGGGGCUGACCCCAGAGCUGGGAGAGGGGAGAGGCAGGCAGCGCAGUGCAGAGGCUCCUCAGCCCCCAGGGGGCCGCCUGCGCUGCCAGUCCCCGAACUGGGAUGGCGGCUCCUCCAUUCUGGGAGAGCCUUUGUCUGAAAGCACAGCCCCUCGCCCAUCCCCCGCCCCCCCCCACUCCCCUCCCCUUCAUUGGCAUUAAUCUGGGCACCAGUUCGGUCUGUAGCAGACUUCCUGCACCAUUCUCAUCUCUCGGCCUUGCCUUUUCUUCCUGACACUGUCGCCCCUCCUCUCAGGAGACUGCCCAGGGCCUCCACGGGGCCGCCUGGCGGAAGGCUGGAUUGGGCGGCAGGGCCGGGAGCAUCUGUCCCGACAGAUGGGUGAAGUGACUCCCGCCUGCUAACCUCGGCCAGUGUGGGAGUGGGUGGCUGUGGGCGCUUGGCUGGUGGUGGCCACUGCAUCCCUUAAUUUAUUUCUCUGCUGUUUCAGUUCUUGAGAAAUUGGGGGGGUCCCACAGAGGCCGCCCCUGCCCUCACUUGAGUUGUACAUUUUUUUUUGUGAUGGGUUUUAUUUUUUAUUAUUUUAUUUUUAUUUUUUUUCUGAUUAAUGAUGACUCCGCCCCUAUCACCCCUGCUUCCAGGCCAGGCUCAGCCACGUCAAGCCCUUGGGUCCCAGGAAGGGGCCUCGCCAACCUCAGCCCUCCAGCCCUGUGCUCCCACUGGCUCCGGCUCAGACCAAGGGCUCCCCCUCCCACCCUGCGGAACAGCCCGGGUGCUCCAAGGGGGCUGGGAGGGCAUGGCUUGGGCCCCAAAGGGGGUAGGGGCCGGGGCACCCAGGCAAGGUGGUCUCUCCCCACCUAGCCCCUCCCCCCACCCUGCACUUAGUUUCUCCUCUGGAUCAAACACGUAAUAAAGAGAAUGUUUGGAACCUGA